AUGAUUCUGCCAAUAGUUAUAACCCUGGUAACCGAAAAAGACCGUCACAACGACCCUGCGUGUACUGCCGUGGACCUCACAACCCCACGGAUUGCGUCAAAAUAUCUGACCAUAAGACGAGAAUGGAUAUUGUUAAACGCAGACAACUUUGCUACAAUUGUCUCGGAACACACCCCGUUAAACAAUGUAAAUCUCGAUACACGUGUAGACGUUGCCAGGGGAAACAUCACACCUCGCUCCACGAUGAAGGAAACGCUUCCAAGCCAUCUGAAGUUCGAACUGCCAACCCAAAAUUCCAACAACGUGCGGAGGGAAACAACAAUCGCGACAGUUCUAUUCGACGAAGGUGCGGAUCGUUCGUUCGUAACCAAAAGAUUUGCGCAAGCCAUCGAUGCUAAAGUACACAGUUCAGAAGUACUCAACCUGAAAUCUUUUUCAAAUCCACGUACUGGAUUCAAGACAAUUCCGUGUACCACUCUACAGUUGCAUCAACGCAACGGCAAUCGCACACCUAUAGACCUCCUUUACGUGGAAGAAAUCUCCGACAAUCUAACGAACAAUGUAAACACUGAUAUCAAGCAACUUAAUUAUCUUCGCAAACUCAAGCUUGCACAUCCAAUUUCCGAUGAAACUACUAUGACGAUCGACAUUUUAAUAGGUGUGGAUCGGUAUUGGGAUUUUGUUGGAAAUCACGUAAUCCGAGGCCACGGUCCCACAGCUGUCAGCUCGUGUUUCGGAUACUUACUAUCAGGACCCAUCAACACCGGUAAGCCACGUACGAAACACGUACAAGCAUUUCACCUCACCGCGAUCCCGUCCGAUGAUGAACUGCUCGCCAAGAACGUCGCUUCGUUUUGGGAACUGGAAUCGAUCGGUAUUCGCGAUCCAAUAAACCCCCCGGAAAAGAAGACAACCGACGACGAACAAUUCAAACAAUAUACAGAAAAUUGUUUGUCCGAAGAAAAUAAUCGUUUCAUCGCCAAACUACCAUGGAAGUCUAGCCACUACUCACUGCCAACAAAUUUUGACAUUGCGAACAAACGCACUCGUCAUAUGAUCAAGAAACUGCCACGUGAUAUUACUCAAGUCUACGAUAAAAUCAUCUCGGAUCAACUAAAAGCCGGUUUUAUCGAGCGAGUAGAACAGGAUGACACUACCAGUGGUCACUAUCUCCCUCAUCGUUCAGUUAAACGCGAUAGCUCCUCAACUCCAAUCCGCAUCGUGUACGACUGCAGUGCAACUUCCGGAAUCGGACAACCAAGUUUAAACGACUGUCUGGAAAGAGGACCCCCACUAUUGAACGACCUAACCGCAAUGUUAGUUCGUUUUCGCUCCAAUCCAGUCGCAUUAGCAAGCGAUAUCGAAAAAGCCUUCCUACAAAUACGACUCGCAGACGAAGACCGUAAAUAUACGAAAUUCCUGUGGUUAUCUGACAUAAAUGAUCUAACCAGUGAAUUCAUGACAUACCAAUUCACUUCCGUAUUGUUUGGAGCCAGGUGCAGCCCGUUUAUUCUGAAAGCCGCUAUCAAGACUCUAAUAAACAAUCAUCCGAAUAUACCUGCUGCCAACGAUCUACAACAAAACAUCUAUGUUGAUGACGUAGUAACUGGUAGUCGUGAUACUAACGAAGCUAUAAAAUUCUAUGAAGACUCAACGAAAUUAUUGUCUACACAUGGAUUUAAUCUUCGAUCAUGGAGUACAAAUGAUCAAACCACCCGUGAUGUCAUUAAACAAGACAGUAAAGCGAAUCCUAACACUACUGUUAACGUGCUAGGUGUGAAGUGGAACACUGAAAGUGACGUCAUCUACCUGAAACCACUAAACUCACCAAAUAUCAACGCCAUGACCACAAAGCGUGAAGUAGUCAGUUUCGCCGCCAGUCUCUAUGACCCACUAGGUCUCCUUUCACCGGUGCAUGUUCGAGCGAAGUUGUUUAUUCAAUCGCUAUGGAAACUGAAUCUUCAUUGGGAUACACCCAUAUCCGACGAACUCAAUACUAAUUGGACUAACAUAGCUCACGAUCUACGAGAGGUAACAAACAUUUGCGUUACCCAACAUUAUUUUGCCGACAGUGCCGAUAACAAGAACAACAUCGAGAUACACGCAUUCUCAGACGCUUCAAGCAAAGCCUAUGGUGGUGCUGUGUACAUAAAGUCAGGAAACCAAACUUCGUUGGUGAUGUCAAAGACACGUGUUGCACCAACCAAUAAAAAUACGCUGACUUUGCCUCGUCUUGAACUCAUGGCUGCUUUGACCACAACCCGACUCAGUAAAUUUGUCUCCAAUGCGUUGUCAGUGAAAUAUAAUAUCACUCGUCGCGUGUUGUGGUCAGACUCCCAGAUAGUUCUGCACUGGAUAAAUUCCUGCGGCAAACCAGACCUAUUCACUUCCAAUCGCAUAACGGAAAUAAACAGUUUCCCACAAGAAAGUAGGUACGUACCGACCAGCUCAAAUCCUGCCGAUUUACUAACCCGCGGACUUAAAUGUGAAGAAUUACGCAACUCUACCCUCUGGUGGACCGGUCCCUCAUGGUUGAAAAAUCGCGCCUUGUGGCCUGUAUGCGAACUCUUUGGUGCCGACACGAUAUCUGACAUAACCGUGAAUCAUUUACUAACUGGCGACACCCAUGAACCAAUCAUAGCUGAAUGA